GAUUUUAAAGAUAAUCACUGGUACAAAAUUAACAUUCAUUAACUCGAAAAAGCCACAACCUAAGGUUCCGAAUCCAGUAAAAUUAUCAGUACCAAAUACACCUAGGAUUCUCAUAACAAUGUCUACAACAACCUUCUGGUGUACAGUAUUUGCAUUGCUGAUGAAUGCAACCCUAUUACCAACAUUAGGAACUGAACCAUUUACUCCCGGCCCUCCAGGACCACAACAAAUAUCUGCAGAAGAAGAGGUGGGAGUGGGAAUGGGAGUGGUAGUUUUACAA